AUGGCUGCUACAUGGUUGUCCAUCUGGUCCCCUCCAGCUGGAUUUAGCGGCAGCUACGUCACUGAGGACACUCGAAUACGGCCCAAGUUCCUCUCGGUCUUGUACGUUGGCGAUAGUCAGAAGUCUGCUUAUCUCCGAUCGACCGGCCGACGAUCGGCCAAAUGCCCACAUACGAUUGCCAUCAUGCACGAUAGGUCUCAAGAUGUGGGUGACUACACAUUGAGCAAGAGCAAUACUAGAAAAUUUCAAGCCCAACCACAAGCUGUCAGAAACCAUCUGCAUCACUUCAUUCAGAAUGCUGCAGAUUGUGUCCUCCCACGGCUCGUUAGGCCAGUCUGUGGUGCCAUUGUAUUGUUUGCUGAAGAUGUGGAUGGAUUAGACAACGCGGCGCGAAUGAUAGCAUCGUGGACAGUGCAGGCGAAAGAGGACGAAGCCGGCGGGAAACCCCACCUUUAUGUUGUCAGCAACGCAGCUUCUGGCCCGAACACGUGCAGCAUCUCACUCCUGGUUCGCAUCGAGCUCAUCACUGCCUUGAGAGCGAUCUCACCUCAGAGACCAUAUUCUAUGAACGAAGCGUCUCAAAUGGUGGCUGCUUGUUUUCGUGGUAUCACCCAAGUUCGCGAAGAAGAGAUCCACAAGAGUCUGGACGACUUCGAAGCCUUUCAGGCGCACACCGACAACACAGACUUGGUGGAGCUCAUCGGCGUUCAUUUGCGCGACUUCGGCCCGCAGCCGUUCAAAUUUGUUGACGCUCUCAAUCGCCGUUACCCUCUGCCGAGCUGUGCGUACCCCAAUGCAGCGAUUCUCGCGCGUCACUUGUCGAGUGCCGGCUACGAUUCGGUCCAUGUGCUGGCUUCUCUCCUCGCUAAGGAGAUGUCUGAGACCUCUCUCAUGGGCAAGUUCCACUCGAUUGUUGUUGACUUGCCUCACACUAACCCACAUCAUAGCUUGCGGGCCUUCUGGCGUGUUUGA